AUGGAGGGUGCAGCUGCUGGUCUCCCGCCCCGGCCUGCAGCGGGACACGUCUCUCAUCGCUCCCGGGGCACCCGGCGGCAGCAGCGGCAGCGCCCGGAGAGCAGCCCCGCUUUAUGGAGGCCCUGGAUGCUCACAGCAAGAGACGGUGAGAUGACAGAGAAUCAACAAAUGUCAGAACUGGACGGUCAACUAGUAAAUUUUAGGUCAAAAGGAGCCCUGGGGUUUCAACAUCCAGUGAGACUUUAUUUGCCCAAGUCCAAAUCCCAAAAGUUUCUUAAUAACAUCGGAGAGAAGGUUCUGGCGAGUUUUCCAGUACAAGCUACAAUUCACUUCUACAAUGAUGAUGCCGACUCUGAGGAAGAUGGAGAAGGAAUCAGUUCAGCCUAG